CAAGUACAAUUUAUUUAUAGAGAUAAAAGUAAAAGAUUUCUGGGUACAAAGAAAUUGUAAAGUUAAAUAGAGUUAGUAUUUAUAGAUAUGCUCAGGAUGACAUCACAAAUAGACACAAUUGUAAAUGCCUACAAGACAUUAUCAAAGAUUCCGUCUAUAGUCGGUGCUAAGCUUAACAAUGAUGGGAACAGGAUCUCAUGCAAAUGGUCGGUUAGGAAUUUGGACAAAGGGAAGACAACAAAAUAUCUACAUGAUUAUAUUUUAAAUGAUAACCUUAAAGUUAUUUCGGAAAGUGAAUUUGGUGUGGAUGUUAGUAAUGAGUUACUAUCAUCUGUAUCACCGAAGGGUAUGUUUAAAGCAUUGAUCCGUGAAGAGAAGGAGGGUAAGGAUAAGAAACAGUACUUGGAGGUGUGGUGCCGUCACAACUUGGCACACUGCAUUGAUCUAACUGCUCUGGAUGUUCACGGAGAUGUGUACGCUGAUUCGGAGUUUGGCAGUUUGGACUGGUCACAGGAUGAAAGUGCAUUGGUAUAUGUGGCAGAGAAGAAGUUAAAGAAAUCAGAGCCGUAUAUUAAGAGGAAAGCUGAGGAUAAAGCCAAAACUGAUGGCAGCGGAGAAUCCACACCGAAAAGAGGUGAAGAAUAUGUAUAUAAACAGGACUGGGGUGAGCAGCUGGUGGGCAAGCACCUCUCAGUGGUAGUGAUGUGCAAGUUGGCCACCGAGACUGUUACAGUGCUGGAGGGCUUGCCGGAGACAUGGUGUCCGGGACAGGUCCGUUUCAGCCCGGACGGGCAAAGUGUCGUGGGCGUGGCGUGGGAGACAGAGCCGCGUCGACUUGGUCUCAUAUUCUGCACUAACAGACCUUCCUACAUCUUCAAACUUACCCUGGAUGGAAACUUGAGUAAGAUAACAUCAGAGGGUCUGUCGGUGAGGUCUCCUCGGUACAGUGAUGGAGGUGAGCUGGUGUGGCUGCAGAGGAACUCCGAGGGUCCGCAUCACGCCUGCCAUGCUAUAUUUGCUAAGAAAAAUGAUCAAACUCAAAUAGCAACUGUGAUCGACAUAAUAGAUACAGAAAUGACUACUUCUAAUGGUGAAGCAUUCCAUGGAGUGUACUCCCAGGCAUUGCCCAGCAGGUGCUUUGCAAGUGGAGGCAGGUUGGUGUUCAGUACACCGCAGAAGAAUGAAGUCAGGACUUAUGUGGUUGAUAUAGAUGGCGGUAGGAUAGUGGAUAUAUCCAACAAAUCUUUCAUUGGGUCCACAUCAGUACUAGACGUGAAGGCGGAUAUUGUACUCGCGGCGUGCUCCAACAUGACCACACCAACUCAGUUAUUUGUAGCGAGAUUACCAGCCAAAGGUUCUGAGAUGGAGAUACAAUGGGUUCAGGUGACGGAAAGUUGCGAAGUGCCGGCUUCUGUAGCGCGCUCUGACGUCAAAUACAUUCAACUGCAACACGACACAGAGGACUCAGUCAAAUCGUUUACUGCUCUUUACUUUGCUCCGAGUGAAUUAGAUAAGAAGUUUCCACUGAUCGUGUGGCCUCAUGGAGGUCCACACUCAGCCUUUGUCAAUGCAUUCUCUUUGGAAGCUGCACUCUUUAAUAUGCUAGGGUUCGCCAGUCUCCAAAUAAAUUAUCGUGGUUCUAUCGGCGCAGGAGAUGCAUCUGUCAGAUUUCUAUUAAAACGUGUUGGUGAUGCUGAUGUCAGAGAUUGUAAACUAGCUACAGAUGAAAUAUUAAAACAGUAUCCAGUGGAUUCUACAAAAUUAUGUCUCUUCGGUGGCUCUCACGGAGGUUUUCUUGUGACACAUCUCAGUGGACAGUACCCCGAUACUUACAGAGUGGUUGUCAGUCGUAAUCCUGUUGUGGACGUCGCGACAAUGUUCAAUUCAACGGAUAUCGCUGAUUGGUGUGCGGUGGAAGCGGGCUUUUUAUUUACAGAAAAGGGCCCUAUAUCUGAAGAAGAACUGUUAGCAAUGCGACGUUGUUCCCCACUAGCUCACGUACACCGUGUGAAGGCCCCUACUGCACUCAUGCUAGGGUCCGGAGAUAAAAGGGUCCCUCACUACCAGGGUCUCGAGUAUAGUAGGCGGUUGAAGGCUAAUGGAGUACCUACUAAAGUAUAUAUGUACGAGGAUAAUCACUCACUGUCGUCUUUGCCCGCGGAGAUGGAUAAUCUUAUCAACAGUGCCGAUUGGUUCUUAACGCAUUUAAAUAAGUCUGAUUGA